AUGGCCGAGCUCAUCAUCAACAAAAAGGAAAGAAGGAAAAGCCUGAGUGUGUUUAGCUCCGCUCCCCAUAAUGCAACCGCCUUACACCGACAGGGCGUGCAUGACCGCUCACCCUCCGACGAUGUGAUGCCUCCUCGAGGAAAAAAGCUUCGUCGCAACUCCGGCUUCUUUGGCCGAUCACAAAGUCCCAAUCGGUGGGCGAGUGGGGGGAAUGUCCUUCGGCGGCCGGGAACGGCGGGCUCGGACUCGGCAAGUCGGUCGCCAGUCAUCUCAACCGGCACGCCACCUCUCGAUACAACGGCACGGCCGCGGCGCAAAUCACUUCAGAAGAAACGCAAUUCGGUCUUUGGGUCUUUGAAACCUCUGACGACCGGUGAGGAUGGGGACUCGGCCGCUGCGCUCUGGGGAGAAGAUCCGCAGACCGCGGUCCACCCACGCCAUGGGAUCAGCUCUUCCGCAAUUCUUCACCACGGAGAGGUACAGAUGGUGGGAGGAAUGUGGAAACGGAAGAGCCAAUACCUCGUGCUCACCGACACAUACCUGAUUCGAUUCAAGAGCCAAGCCAAGGCGGCCGAUGCCUUCCCGUCUAUUCCGGCAUCCUACAACGCUCGCGCCCCAGCCUCACAUCGCCAAUCCGUCGCCUCGGUCAGUUCACUGCAGGACUCACAGUUGAUUAUCACCACGGACGCCACCGCGGGAAUUCCACUGAACAGCAUCAUUGCGGUGUACAUGCUGGAGGAUGGACGAGUCUCACCAACGGUCGAGGUGGCGUAUCUGGACGAACGCACGCACAAGGCCGCGUUGGUACAGAUGCAGGCGGCCGACCCGCAAGAAUUGAAUCUGUGGAUGGUCGGGAUCCGCCAAGCGGCCCAAAUGGCUCGCGCCAAUGAGCCUCUACCCUUCGAUCGUGGCGCCGUCGAGUAUGUGACGAGGAUGCUCGAACAUGAGCGAGACUACGACCCGGACAUGUUCCAGAUGUACCGGGUCAUUCAAAUCGCCUCCAGCAAAUCGCCAACGACUCGAUCUUCCUCGGAUGAUUUGACCAAACUGUCACCCACGGGUUGCUACCUGGCCAUUGGUUUGCACAAGGUCCAUCUUAUCCCUAUGCAGAAAACCACCCAGCGGUCAUCCGUGGUUUCCCUGUCUGACUGGGAGACGGGCGCCUCUUUUGGUCUCAUGAAUCUGGUGGGUCUUUCCAUGGAGUACGGCGACGACAGUCUGCACCUCACUUUUCGCAUGCCUCUCCGCAAAUCGUUCAACGUCUUCUUGGCUUCGGUUCACUCGGUCGAGGUGGCCUGUUGGAUUCGACAGCACACUGGAUUCCUGCGCCCGCUUUGGACGAGACAACCUUACGAUUUCGUGGUGCCACGCGAAUUGCAACACGGUGACUUUCCCCCUGCUGCCCUGGACGAGGACUAUGGCUGCUUUGACCGCACUCUCGUCGCCUAUUCGGCGAGCUAUGACGUGGACACAUCCAACAUCCGGUACACGAUCGAUUUGGAAUGCGAGGAUGCUCCAUGCUUCCGUCUCCUUCGACCGGCAUCCAAGACCAAUUCACGAUACAGCGCGCUAGAAUUGAUCGCGGUUAUGCGAGCUUUACGGUACAACGAGUCUUUCCGGUCCAUCUCGUUUCGUGGAAUCAACCUGGACGCCCUGCAAGGCGUGCGAGACUCUCAUGAAGCCGAUAAGGAUGUGCACCUCGACAAGUCGGGCGCUCACGUGAAUAUCCCGGGAUCGGCCAAUUUGACGGUCUUGUCGCAGGAGGUUCGCGCUCUGGCUCUGAAGAGUAAGCGGUUGCACCGACUCGAUUUCGCACACUGUCUCACUCGCACUCCGACCAUGGAUAAAGGUAGUCGUGAUCCUGGCUGCGGGAUCCCCGAGGCACUUUUCCCCGUCUGUCGCCGCGGUCUCACUAGCGUUGACUGGGUCGUGCUGAAUGGCAUCAAGCUUGGUGAGUCGGAUUUGGAUUACCUGGUGGAUGCCGCGUCUCAGAAGAAGAGCCACCUACGCGCCCUGGAAGUUGGCGAUUGCGGUCUAUCAGUACAUGACUUGAACGUUCUGCUGUCCACCCUUGUAGCCCAGGAGAAAACCCUUGAAGUGAUCAACAUUUCAGGAGUGCAAGGUCGGCUGAGUCCAGAUGUGUUCCAGCAGUACAUUGGCUACUUCAGCCGUCUCCGCAAGAUCAAUCUGUCGCGUAUCUCGCGCACCUCGGGGCCCGAGCCGCUUAUCCCAGCAGAGACGUUGUUCAAUUGGGAGCUUGAAGAGCUGGUGCUUAGCCGUACUGCCCUGAAUCGCGAGACGGUCGACUCCAUUGCAACCUACCUGGCUAGUGAACGCUCACGCAAUCUGCGGAUGCUUCGUCUUGAUCAGUGCGCCCUGAGCGGAGAAGAUGUCGCGAUGUUUAUGCACUCGAUGGCUUUGAAUGGCUCGGAGUCGCCUCGCAGUUUGCACUUGCAUGUCAACGAAAAUCGUCUGGACAUCGGAUGCCCCUUUUUGUUUGAUGCCAUUCGCAAGGACAUGACUCCUUCGCAUCUCUCCAUGCAAAUGAUCGAUUUCAAGAAAGAGGACCACUUCCGUCACCUGGUUGAUGCCGUGCGAAAGAACCGCACUCUACGAUAUCUCGACAUUUCCAAAGCUUCGUUGCCGUACGAUGCCAGCCCAGAGACUUGCCGUGCGCUGCAGGUGAUGUUUGAAGAGAACGAGACUUUGGAGGCCCUCGAUAUCAGUGGAGAGAACGCGCAUCUCGAUGUGGCUCGAUUUGGAAUUGGACUCAACCUUGCUUUGACCGGGUUGAAAAAGAACAAGUCCCUCAAGGUGUUGCGAAUCGAACACCAGAAAUUGGGGCUCCAGGGAGCGAACACAUUGGCUUCGGUUCUUGAGGAGAAUGCAUCGCUACGGGAGGUUCAUUGCGAGAACAAUGAUAUCAACUUGCAGUCCUUUACUGUUCUGGUGAAUGGCUUGCAAUGCAACCGUACGCUCCUCAGUCUGUCAUGCAUGGAACGUGAUCGAAUCGUCUCGCUUGACAAGGUUCGUCGAGAAGUUGACCACAUUCGGUGGGACACCAGCAACGCACCUACGUCGACGACCAACUCCAUUCGACGUUCCCUACAUGCUGCAAUGACCGUCCGUCCUGCAGCUCAUCAUCGGCUUGUCAAGCAAAUGCCGCCAAAUGCCACCCACAAUGCGUCUCCCGAUGCCGUUGCCCUCGGCUCCCAAAAUGUUGAGUUGAUGCUGCGAUCCCUGCAGCAGAAGUGGGAUAUGGAAGUAGCACGACUGCAGCGCUAUCUCCUCCGCAAUUAUAACAUUGCGAAUGGCAUCCCGGACGACUUGGCCGAUGAGACUACGGAUGACAGCCGUCCGGGCACAGCGGCCAGUCUUGGAACCAUGCUUGAGAAUCUCAAGCUGGACAAGCUAGACGUCGCGGUGUCCGCAGACGAGAUUCGCGCUUCGCCCCCCGAGGCCCACUGUCCUCUCCAACUUAGUCGAACACACUCUCGAGACGUUCGACCGGUCCAAAUCAACGUCCAGGCUAAGGUGGAUAAGAGUUCGGGCAUGUCCACGCAGCCUCCUCGGACAGCCCCGCAGCCGACACGGACCGCUCAGAUCAUGCAUCCAGAGCUUGCUUCGUCCGGUUCCGAGCCCACGCGCCUGGCUCUUCCCGUCCCUGCGGUCCCCGCUGUAGUCAAAAAGACUAGCAGUGUCCGCAGCGCCCGAAGUUCCAGCACUGUGUCGACCGGAACGAACAGCGGCCGAAGCACCUAUGGGACGGCCUCGUCUGCGCUCAGAGGAUUCCUGACAGGGAAUGCUCUGAAGGACAAACGGAGAGUGGAGGCAGUUCGGCCUGUGUAUGUUGCGUCGACACCGGCCCGGGUGUCAAAUGACAAGCCGCCGCAGCUAGACUGGAGUCCUCCGAAACUGGACUUGCAGGAAUUGCAGUAG